AUGCCUCCUGAGGCCGGCUCCGGCCCUUCUGCCGCCGGGGCCCGCGUGCCCACUCCUCAGGUCCCGGCGCUGUCAGGCUUCAAGCUCCCCAAGCGGAAAUAUGUUGCAGUGGAGCGCCACCGCCGGCCCGCGCGGCACGCAGCCGGCCCGCGGGGCCCGUCCGCUGCCGCUGCUGGCCCGAGCCGGCGCGCCUUCCGCGCCCCGAGCACCCCGUCACCGGACCCGACGCCGCCCCGCGCCGACGCCCCAUCGCCGCCCGCCGCCGCCUCCGCCGGACCCGACGCCGCCCCGCGCCGAUGCCCCAUCGCGCCCGCCGCCGCCUCCGCCGGACCCGACGCCGCCCCGUGCCGACGCCCCAUCGCCGCCCGCCGCCGCCUCCGCCGGCCAGCGCCGCCCCGCCUCCGUCGCCACCUGCCGCCGUGCCUCGCCGCCUUCGCCGCCCCUCCGCUCCAGCGCCGCCGCCCGGCGAGAUCCGGCGGGAUCCGCCGCCCCGACCUGCCGGCGACCCUCCCCCGUCGUCCUCCGGCGCUGCCCCGUCCUCCGGCGACCCAGCUCCGGCCGUCCUCGGCUCCCAUGCCCGAAACCCUAGAUCCAUAA